CAACUGUAUCCCAGCGGCCACCACGCUCUCUUUUCUUCUUCUUCUUCUAAGCUCAGCUUCUCCUACCCUUUCAGCUUGUCCCAUCCUCAAUUCAACUGAAAAUCUCCCUCUCUUUCAAGGUAAUAAAAUCACUAAAGAUGUUCACGGAAGGCCUGGAUGAAAGCGCAAUCAAGUGGAUCAAACAGGGAUCAGAUUUACAAGAGGAAGAGCCUCCACCCUUUCGAUCUCCUCUAACCGAGAAAAUUGCUCUCGACACAUUUCCAAAAUCUCCACUAGCGUACAGCUACGAUGGCGAUUCUUUCGUGCCUGUCAGUAUUUUGCCUCCUCUCAAGUUCCAAUCUUGCUUGCUGACCACGCAUAGCUUGGUUGCUCCUUGCCUGGACGAGGAAGACGAUGAGAGCGUAGCUUCAGUUGCGGAUGAUGAUUAUAACAAUUAUUCGGAGGAAGAAGCUUUGGGAUCUAAUGACCAUGACAUUGAUUUCUUGGAUAAGCCAAUUCUACACUGCUAUGGUGAUGAACAAGAAAUAACUGGUCACAAACCCAGCACAAGUUUGAGUCGAGGUCGCGUGUCUUCUGUGAAUAAAGUGUUGUCCAAAGAAAAUCUCAGGAUUGAAGUAUCUGAAAAUGUCAGAAGAUAUACUGAUGGCCAAUCGGGUACCAGAAGAAGUGCUCAGAAAGAUGCAACCCUCAAGGAUGGUGGAAGCGAGCCUCGUAAACGUAUUCAACUAUGCAAUCUACAUGGUACUCCAAGUCAUCAAUGGAUCCAAGAUUUAGCGGACUUGGGAACUCCAAGUGCACCUCCCAUAGUUGAUAUGGGAAGAGAAGAAAAAGGCUUCGAGGACGAUGUCGGUCAAAAGCUGAGAGCUUCUGAUAGUCUGAUAGAAACCGAUCUACCUGGUAAAGGGAUAUGUCCAAAUGUAGGAGACGUUUUUAAUGGAAGUGAAGGUUUAACAGAAUGUAGAGUACAAUCCUCAGAAACCAAUGAACUUGGUGGAAGAGAACAAAAAAUCAUUCCCGAUGAAAAAGAAACGCAGAUCCCGUCUUUGCAAACCAACCUAUUGGAUCCUUCACCUCAUUAUAAUACCAGUGGUCAAUAUGCCUGGCAAACACUGAUUGCUUACGAUGCUUGUAUACGCUUAUGCCUACAUGCAUGGGGAAGAGGCUGCACCGAGGCACCUGAGUUUCUAAAAGAUGAGUGCGUCAUUCUCCGAAGUGCCUUUGGGUUGCACAAAUUUUUGCUACACCCCCAAGGUGUACAACCAAAGGAAGUUAGAACUACAAAGAGUGUUGAACAACUAUGCUCUAUGAACACUGAGAAAGUGGUAGGAAAAAUAAGAGUGGAAGUGAAGAAACUUCGAGUAAUACCAAGGAGGAAACUCAAGAGCACAUAUUCACAGCGAGGCGCAAUCUACAUGCAAGCAGGGGCAGAAUACGUCCGGCAUGUUUCAUCACUGUUGAAAACUGGCAUAAAUUCUAUAAAGACUGCCUCAUUCUCAGGGACGAGUGAAGAGCCAUUUUCAUGCUUAUUCCAACUGAAGAGUGCUAAAGAGGAUACUGAAGGGGAGCAGGGUUCUGCUAUUUGCUUGUUCCCCGGAAGUGGCGAUUAUCAUGUCUUUUUUCCGGAGACCCAAGGUGAUGCUCUUUUGGUGGAAGUCCAAGACACAAAAAAUUCAGUCCAAGGUCGAACUACAAUUCCAGUUUCAUCCCUUGCUGAUAACCCUAGUGACAGAAUUCGGUGGUGGCCCAUAUACCAUGAUGAUCAAGAAUGUGUUGGGAAGAUCCAGCUCUUUGUUGGCUGUACAGUCAGUAAUAAUGACACUAAUCAUAUAAAGAGUGGACCUGUUGUGGAAACUCUAGCAUAUGAUUUAUUGCUGGAGGCAGCAAUGCGUGCACAGGAAUUUCAUUCCCGGAAUCUAUGGUUACAUGAACCUUGGAAGUGGUUGUUGACUGAAUUUGCAGACUACUAUGGCGUUUCCAAUUCAUAUACUAAGCUGAGAUAUCUUUCACAUGUCAUGAAGGUGGCCACUCCAACAAAAGACUGCUUAGAGCUUGUGAGUGAGUUACUCGUACCAAUAAUAAAGGCUCGAAGUGAGAAAACUUUGACCAGGCAAGAGAAAAACCUACUAUUGGAUUGUGAAACCAAAAUAGAGAGUCUUUUGGCAAAUGUUUUUGAAAACUACAAAUCGUUAGAUGAAGACUCUGCUACUGGGUUAGCAGACUUGUUUGGUUCAAUUCAAGAGUCUGCAGCACCAGCUCUAGCACCUGCUGUCCAAGUUUACACUCUCCUUCACGAUAUCCUUUCUCUAGACGCACAGACUAUGCUGAGAACCUAUUUUCAGACAGCAGCAAAAUGGAGAUGUCGGAAGCACAUGGCAGAGACUGAUGAGUUUAUGUCAAGCAACUCUGAAAGCUUCUCUAUGGAUUCCAUUACCAUCUCCACAGCAUACUUAAAAAUGAAGAAUCUAUUUAUAAAGAUAAGCAACGAAAUUCAGGCAGACAUCAAGAUCCAUGACCAGCAUAUACUCCCAAGCUCAAUUGACCUGUCCAAAGUCACAGCUGCUGUUUAUAGUACGGAGUUGUGCAACAGGCUUAGAGGCUUCCUUGCUGCAUGGCCUCCCUCUAGUCCUAUGCUGCAUGUAAAUGAACUAGUAAUAGCAACUACUGAUUUCGAAAGGGAUCUUGAAUCAUGGAAUAUCAGUCCAGUGCAGGGUGGUGUAAACUCAAGGAAUUUGUUCCAUAAUUACAUAAUGGUGUGGGUGCAAGAUAUGCAACUUAGUUUACUUGAGCUUUGCAAAGCAGAAAAGGUGCCAUGGUCUGGAGUAAUGACAAAUCAUUCCACCUCACCAUUUGCAGUGGAAAUGUAUGAGAAGAUCAGAGACAACCUCAUUCAGUAUGAAGUGGUAAUCAAUCGAUGGCCUCAGUACUCAUUAAUUUUGGAAAAUGCUGUUGCAAAUGUGGAAAGGGCAAUCAUAAAAGCACUGGAGAAGCAAUAUAAUGAUAUACUGACGCCUUUGAAAGAUAGUAUUCAGAAGAAGCUUAAUAUGCAGGUUCAGAAGCUCACAAGAAGACAAUCAAUGACGAUCUAUUAUGUUCCUAAUCAAUUGGGAAUUUUUCUGAACACCAUGAAGAGAAUCCUUGAUGUCCUGCACAUUAGAGUGGAGGAAACCUUAAAGUCUUGGGCAUCAUAUCUGCCUACUAAGGGAGAUAAGAAGUCACUGUUUGGAGAGCAGAUGAAUGCGAUCACAGUUCUCUUGAGAACAAAAUACAAGAAUUACUUGCAGGCACUAGUAGAGAAGCUCGUUAGCAACAUGCAAGCUAAUCGAAACACGAGGCUCAACAGGAUUCUGGAGGAAACGAAGGAAGAGGAUGGAGAGGCUGAGGUCCGUGAAAGAAUGCAAUUGCUGAGUUCACAACUCAUGGGCUCUAUAUCCAACUUGCAUGAGGUUUUUACUAGUUGGAUAUUCAUUGCGACCUGCCGUGGAUUAUGGGAUAGAAUGGGACAGAUUGUUUUGAGAUUUCUCGAAGAAAGAAAGGAAAAUCGAUUUUGGUAUAACGGAUCUUAUUAUGCUCUUGUGAUAUUGGAAGACACUUUUGCUUCUCAAAUGCAGCGACUGCAAGGAAAUGCCCUACAAGAGAAAGAUCUUGAGCCCCCUCGUUCAGUUAUUGAAGCUCGAUCAAUUCUUUGCAGAGACACAGCAAAUGCAACAGAUCCGUCUUCCCUGUUCUAUGUUUAGCAGCCGACACUUGUCCAACUGCCAAACCAUGUUUCAGUACUUUUUUUUUCUUUUUUUUCUUUUUUUUGAGGUAAACAGACUGAAUUCCAUUAGUAAGCAUAAGAAUAUACAAUAUCCUGAAUACAAGCUGGAACACCACACAAUAAAAUAGAUUCAUCAGUUAAACUAAGUGCAGCUUUAGCUAAAUUAUGUGCCAAUUGAUUAACAUCCCUCGGCACAAAAUGAAAU